AGUCCAAAUAAAAAUUUUCAAUUUUUCAUAUUUUUUUGAUCUUUGGCUCUAAUUUCAAACAAAAAACAAAAUAUAUCUUAUUUCUGAUAAUUUUUUUUAAUUAUCCAAAAAUGAAAAAAAAAAGGGGACAAUGCAAUUUACUCGAAAGAAGGAAGCAGAGGUCCUGUCCUCUUGUUCUGGUAUGGCUGUUCAUCAAUAGUUGUUAAAUGCGGUGGUUUUCAGCUCAUCUACUUUGCCACCCUCUGCCCAUUUCAAAUCUUAAUAAAUCUCUCACUCUAAACUGUUUCUGCCUAACCCUACUUCUUCUCUGCUUCACUUCGCCCUCUGUUUUUCUUUGUUAGCUACUGUUUGUGUAGUCAAUUCUCACCCAUUCCCACCAAUCUCAAAAUCCAAUAUAGGAACAGGGAUACUCUCUUUUUUGUCUAUAUUAUUCUUUCUUGAGCAAAACCCACUUCCCAGAUCUCUCUCUUUUCAUUUUAGAUCGAAGAAAACAGUUGCUCUCCAAAAUGGAGCUUUGUUUUGUAGAUAAGCUCAAAGAACAGCCUUACUGGCUUCUUGUGUUAUUCACUAUGGGUUCUUUAUCAGUUUUGAAAUUCUUCUUCGCUUUCCUCAAAUGGGUUUACGUCAAUUUCCUCAGGCCGGCCAAGAAUCUGAAGAAAUAUGGAUCAUGGGCUCUCGUAACCGGACCUACUGACGGUAUUGGCAAAGGUUUCGCUUUUCAAUUGGCUCGAAAGGGUAUCAAUCUGGUAUUGGUUGGUCGAAAUCCCGAUAAGCUCAAAGAUGUUUCGGAUUCUAUUCAGUCCAAACAUGGCAAGGUCCAAAUCAAGACCGUUGUUGUUGAUUUCAGCGGCGAUAUCAAUGAGGGUGUUAAGAAAAUUCAGGAGACUAUUGAAGGAUUGGAUGUUGGUGUCUUGAUUAAUAACGUUGGGGUUUCAUAUCCCUACGCGAGGUUUUUCCAUGAGGUGGAUGAGGAGUUGUUGAAGAACUUGAUCAAAGUAAACGUUGAAGGCACUACUAAAGUUACACAAGCUGUUUUACCUGGUAUGUUGAAGAGGAAGAAGGGUGCUAUAGUUAAUAUGGGUUCUGGCGCAGCAGUUGUCAUUCCUUCUGAUCCUCUCUAUGCGGUUUAUGCUGCCACCAAAGCGUAUAUAGAUCAGUUCUCCAGGUGCCUUUAUGUUGAAUACAAGAAAAGUGGGAUCGAUGUGCAGUGUCAGGUUCCUCUCUAUGUGGCAACAAAGAUGGCAUCAAUUAGGAGAUCUUCCUUCUUCAUUCCAUCAACAGAUGGCUAUGCCCGGGCAGGUUUGCGAUGGAUAGGCCAUGAACCUCGUUGCACACCUUACUGGCCCCAUUCUCUUCUUUGGGGCUUGUUAUAUGCAUUGCCUGAAUCCAUUAUUGAUGCAUGGCGACUCCGCUUUUGCCUUGGGAUUCGAAAGAAAGGACAACAGAAGGAUUCUAGGAAGGAGGAGUAAACAGUACUCUCUUGUAUUAAUCGAGACAGGGUAGCUAGCCAUGGUUGGCUGUUCAGUUUGUGGAUUGAACUCUUGGAAUUUAAUCUUUUCUGUCAUCUUUCCUACAUUUUCUUUUGCAUUUUAGUACUAAGAACAACCUUUUACCUUUUGCAUGUACUCUUAUGGAGAAGUUGCAAAACAUUAACAUGCCUAUAUUAUCUUGAACUUCGGUUCUUGGGGGCCUUGGUUUUCUCAAGACAUGGUUCAAAUGGUGUGAAAUUGAAGAGUUCAAUCAAUCUUUAUAACGAAAUACUGUUGGAAAAACCUGAAA